GUGCCCUGUUCCGUUCACAGACGUCGUUAAUUGCCUCAGCGACUACGAGUUAUGCCAACAUCAAGGUCAAAGGUGCGCGCCAGUGGAAAAGAUGGUGGUGAACGAAAUAGACGGACACGUCGUGCCUGCGACAGAUGCAGACUCAAGAAGGCCAAGGUAGUCCUGUUCUGCCUAUCUCUGGUAGGCUUCUAAUUCGAACAGUGCGACGGUAGUCCGAAGUGUGAAACUUGUCGGACAUGUAACAGUGCUUGCACUUACUCCAUCAGAAGGAAAAUAGAAGCCAGAAAUUAUUAUUCUCGAAUGCAAGGAGUGAUGGAUGUAGCACUUCAACAGCUAUACUGGGCAUGCCGGCAGAAAUCCGGGUUUCCAGGAAAGCUUCCAGAUGAAUCGACCGGUGCUGUUACCACGGACGCGAUCCUUGAAGGACUUGGUCUCGUUAGACCGUUACUUCGAGGUCGUCAAUCCCCAUUUACAACUGAGGGACAACCGUAUGAUGUAGAUAUUUCGGAUUCAGACAAAUUGUGCGACCAUUUGCGAACUUCGCCUGCUGAAGGUGACUCCGCUCAAAGCAGUCCAAUCACAGUAUCCUCCUCCUUUGGCGUUCCCCCGUCCACAUAUAGAGGAAGGCCCGCCUCUGGCUCUUCCUCUCAGUCAGUGUUUCCUUGCGAACGGAAUUUCAGUAUGGAGACGAACACGUAUCUGCCAAGCGUGGUCGCAGCGACUCAGGACACGAUCCACGACCUUGAUACUCCGCCUGAUGCGGUGAAAUCUGUGGACAGGAAUGAGUUACAGGAUACUGACUCAUAUACCGUUGCCACCGGGUUCAAGCCAGCCGACCUUGCCCCAGAGAUGAAGUGCAGGGACUCAUGUCAAGGCAAGCAAUCGGAGAGACGGGCUUUUGACAACUGUCUGGCUCCAGAAGGGAUCAUGUUUGAUAGCUAUUUAGCCCCGUGGCCUGGGUCCUUAGCUGCGGCUUUUCAGUCAGUGCACCAUGCCUAAGCAGCGAAUGAAAAAGGAGUAGGGUAGAGGCAGAGUGCAAAUACAUGAAGUUUUUCUUUAAA